AUGGGGAACUGCAACGUGUGCGUCAGAGCUGACGUCAUCGAGAGCCAGGGCACCUACCAGGCGAACAACAAGAAGAAGAAGGCCGGGGAGCGGCGGCCGAACCCGUUCUCCGAGGACGCGAUCCGGUCGCCGGCGCCGAUCCGAGUGCUCAAGGACGUGAUUCCGCUCGGUCACCGGACUCGGAUCGGCGACAAGUACAUACUGGGCCGGGAGCUGGGCCGCGGGGAGUUCGGCAUCACCUAUCUCUGUACGGACCGCGAGACUAAAGAAGCUCUGGCCUGCAAGUCCAUCUCCAAACGGAAGCUCCGGACUGCUGUGGAUAUAGAGGACGUGAGGCGCGAGGUUGCGAUAAUGUCCAAUUUGCCGGAGCAUCCGAACAUAGUGAAGCUGAAGGCGACCUAUGAGGACAACGAGAACGUUCACCUGGUGAUGGAGCUCUGUGAAGGAGGCGAGCUUUUCGAUAGGAUUGUGGCGAGAGGGCACUACAGUGAACGAGCUGCGGCGAACGUAGCCAGGACUGUGGCUGAGGUGGUGAGGAUGUGCCAUGCGAAUGGGGUUAUGCACAGGGAUUUGAAGCCGGAGAACUUUCUGUUUUCGAAUAAGAAAGAGCACUCCCCGCUUAAGGCUAUUGAUUUUGGGCUCUCUGUGUUUUUUAAGCCUGGGGAGAAGUUUACGGAGAUUGUGGGGAGUCCGUACUACAUGGCACCCGAGGUUUUGAAGAGGAAUUAUGGACCCGAGGUUGAUAUAUGGAGCGCCGGAGUGAUUCUUUACAUUUUGUUAUGUGGGGUUCCUCCAUUUUGGGCGGAGAGUGAACAGGGUGUGGCUCUUGCAAUCUUGAGGGGGGUGAUUGAUUUCAAGAGGGAACCCUGGCCUCAGAUUUCAGAGAGUGCUAAAAGCCUCGUAAGGCAGAUGCUCGACCCGGAUCCUAAAAAACGCUUGACUGCUCAACAGGUGCUUGAACAUCCAUGGUUACAAAAUGCAAAGAAAGCUCCAAAUGUUCCAUUAGGAGAUAUUGUGAGGCCAAGGCUCAAGCAGUUCUCAAUAAUGAACAGAUUUAAAAAGAAGGCCUUACGGGUAAUUGCGGAGCACUUAUCUGUUAAAGAAGUAGAAGUAAUCAGGGACAUGUUCACAUUGAUGGACACUGAUAAAGAUGGCAGAGUAACUUAUGAGGAAUUGAAGACUGGUCUUCAAAAGGUUGGUUCGCAGUUGGCUGAACCAGAGGUUAAGAUGCUGAUGGAAGUGGCUGAUGUUGAUGGGAAUGGAUUUCUGGAUUAUGGAGAAUUCGCAGCAGUUACAAUUCACUUGCAAAAAUUGGAGAAUGAUGAACAUCUCCGGAGAGCAUUUAUAUUCUUUGACAAGGAUGGAAGUGGGUAUAUUGAAUUAGUUGAGCUAAGGCAAGCAUUGGCAGAUGAAACAGGUGAAACGGAUAUGGAUGUGCUGACUGACAUCAUGCGUGAGGUGGAUACUGACAAGGAUGGGCGUAUCAGUUAUGAUGAGUUUGUUGCCAUGAUGAAAACUGGAACUGAUUGGAGAAAGGCGUCUCGACAGUAUUCUAGGGAAAGAUUCAAGAGUUUAAGCCUCAAUCUGAUGAAAGAUGGUUCAUUACAGCUUCACGAUGGGCUAACGGGUCAAGCCGUUGCCGUAUAACUCGAUUAUUCUUGUUUAGUUUAUGCAUUGUGGGAAUUCAUUCUCUUUUACUCUUCGAUACAUCUGAAAAGCAGGCUCAUUUGGUUUUGCAAAUCUGAGGACUUAAUUGACCUGAUUUAGUAGGCUGUUGGCUUGGCGCUUCAUGAAGCUUUGCAUUCCAGGGCUGCAUGUUGAGUAACAAAGAUGAGCUGUUCGGGGAGUCAAGGCCGUGUAUACAUAGUUUGUAGUUUUCUGAUCAUCUGUGUCACAUAAUACUUGUAUAUUUGUGUUGUCAUAUCGAUAUCAUUUUGUGGUUUGUUGAUUUGCUUACACAGAAUCGACGAGAAGCAGUUUGUGAACUCUGAGAGGUGUUCUCAUUUUGUAUUUAUCAUCCAUUCCGAUUUCAUAUAUCAAUUUGUUCUUCAGGAUGCUCUGCUAA